UUUCGGUAUUACCGUCCUGGCAUUCGUUUGGGAAACAAUUGCAUUUCUUGCCCCGUUUCUUCUGGCAAGCCCUUGCAGUUCCACUCAAAGAAUGAAAUCUCUAUUGGCAUGGGUGGCCAUUGUGGUCACUGCAAUCUUAGCACAAGCGGAGAGUACUGUUCCUGUGAACCUGGCAUUGAGAAAAACAUGUCUGCAAUUCCAUGAGUGGGGAGGGGCUAAAGCGAACCGAGCUGUAGACGGCAACAAAAACACUGACUAUCGCGGCAAGAGUUGCACCCAUUCCAGCGUCAACGGUGGUGAUACCGUCAACAACAAUUGGUGGGCGGUGGAUUUAGUUGAUAUAUCUUUGAUACAGAAGGUUGUCUUAUAUAACAGAGGGGACUGCUGUGGUUCUAGACUAGCUGAUUUCGACAUCGUGGUGACAUACACCAGGCCUACCCCAGGGAGGAAGCUUGUGUUUUCUUCUAGCGAGGUCUGUGCUCAUAAGACUGGAGCCGUCCCACAAGGUCAAUCACAGACAUUUAACUGCAACAAGCAACUACAAGGGAGAUAUGUUGCGGUCGUUAGGUCAAGAAGCCAGCCGUUGACUUUGUGCGAAGUCGAAGUCUUUGGAACCCCCAUUCCUCCAUGCAGCGCUGGUCUCAAGUUUGACGAGAGCACUAAAAAAUGUGUUGAUCCUUGUCCAGAUUAUCAACAGAGGUGGGACGGAACGAGAUGUGUUGUUAGGUGCAUUGCGAGUCAGAAAUGGGUUGGAACGAAAUGUGUUGCAAAAUGUCCGUCACCACAGAAGUACAACACUAUGUUCGGAACAUGUGAAGCGAGAACAUGCCGCUGCUUCGCAGGUGGUGAUCCCCAUUACUUCCAAUACGACGGCCACAGAAUCGACUUCAUGGGUAAAUGCAAGUACACAUUCACCAAGCUAAAGGAUGACUUCAAGACUGACAAGUGUUACUUCAAUGUAGAGGAGAAGAAUGUCCAUAUCGGUAACCCUCGAGUAAGCUUUGUGGGGUUGUUAGAUGUGACCGUCGAGGACAUGACCUUCAGAUACAGUGAACAAGCGGCGAAGGUUUCCAUCAACGGCGUCGACAGAACCAAGAGCAAUUUCCCUAUCACUAUCAGGACCAGGAAAGGCACAGACGUGAAAGUCUCAUACGCGAACAGGCAGUUCAAGGUCGAGGCCACAGCUUGUGGUAUGAUCACCACCUACAGGAGAUACUUCAUUGAGACAUUCAUCUCAUCCACACUCGGAACCAAGGUGGAAGGAAUCUGUGGAACAUGUAACGACAAUCGAAAUGAUGAUCUUAUUGCUAAAGGACAGACGAAAGCCACAACUAAGAAUGCAUUCUCGAGUAGUUGGUCUGUGCCCAAUGACUCUGGUCUACAGCAACAGACCAACUGCGAAGCAGCUGAUGUCAAUGGUGAUUGCACUGUUGCUUGGGCCACGAAAGUCAAGAACAAUAACCACUGUGGUUACAUCACAGACACAAACGGUCCCUUCAAGGCUUGUAUCGCAAGUGGUUUGGUGAAUGUGAAGCAAUACCAGGACAGCUGCGAGUUCGACGUGUGUUUCUAUUCUAAAGAGGCCACAGCGGCGAAGGACGUCCCUGAUGUUGUCUGCAGGAACUUGGCUGUGUUUGCUGAUGAUUGUGCAAAGCAAGGGCUGGGAAGUGUUUGGAGAAGAGCCAACUUCUGUCCUCUAAACUGCGAGGCAAAUGCGUCCUAUACUCCCAAGUUGUACCCUGCAUGUGAAAAGACCUGCCAACAGAGGAAUGCUCCCGCGGACUGCGUCGCUGGUGAGCCUGAAGAUGGCUGUUCUUGUAAUGAAGGCUACUUUAGACUUGGAAAUGACUGUGUUCUGCCUGGCAAGUGUGGAUGUGAUGCCGUUGAUGGACAACAUAUCGACAGCGGCAAUUCAGUUGUGAUGAAGGGUUGCAAUGUCAAGUACGAAUGCACAGCGCAAGGCACCUUGAGAAAACUAGCUUCUCCUUCUUGUCAUAAAGAUGCUAGCUGCUCUACAGUAAAUGGACAGUACGCGUGUAAAUGCAAUGAUGGAUUCAAUGGUGAUGGACACUCUUGCCAGACCAACUGUCCGAAAGCAGAAGAAAAGUGGGACACUAAAGAUUCUAAGUGCGUUCUGCGUUGUCCAGAUGCCAAGACGAAGUGGGAUGAGAAGCAAGGCAAAUGCGUGAACCGUUGUUCAAUUGCCCAACUUUGGGAAGACACUUCAAAGAAAUGCGUAGAGCGCUGUGUCCCAGCGGACAAAUGGAACGAGGCAAGCAAAAAGUGUGAACCAAGAUGCCAAGUGGACCAGUUGUGGAAAAUGGACAAGUGUGUCAACCGUUGUGGUACAGAAGAAAAAUGGCAUGGAGCAACUAACAAAUGUUAUCAAGAUCCCAUGUAUCCAACGACGACGGAAGGAAAUGCCGGGGGAGCUGGUUGUGUCAUACCAUUCUUGUUUGGUGGAAAAUGGCAGGAGGACUGCGUCCUGGGAGCAAUUAAUAAGAAAUGGUGUGGUACUACUGAGAGUUACGAUCAGGACAAAAAGUGGGGUUAUUGCUCAGCUGCCUGUCGAACAAGUGCUGGUUUGGUCAAAAUGGCUGGUGACGCCUGGACAGAGGGCAAGGAAAAGGUAUUUUGUAACACUGAUGGAUCAAUUGGCAAGAUCACUGGAGAUUACCCAAGUACAACUGGUGGUACCGGGGGUGGUGCAGGUUGUGUCUUCCCGUUCUUAGACGGCACUGUUUACCGUGGAUCUUGUCAGCCUUACAAUGGCCAGCGUUGGUGUGGAACUGUCAAGGAUGGUACAAAAUGGGGAUAUUGUCCAGCUACAUGCCUGACGCAGGAUCAAAAGCAAGUGACAGCCGGCGAAACAUGGUCAAGUGGAGGGAUGGAAUAUUCAUGUGGAAGAGAUGGAAAAGUUAGGAAAAACGUGAAGACAUCCGCUGGUAACUGUCUCUUCCCGUUCAACUACAAAGGCUCCACUUAUGAGGCGUGUACGGAGGUUGCAUCGGCUGGUAAACCCUGGUGUUACGUCGACGCAUCCGAGUCAGCGUACGGCUAUUGCUAGACCAUAUACUCUACCACUGAUCCAUAUUCCUCUUUUUUUCUGUACUGGUAACUGCAAUAUGUACCAGCAAAUACCAAUGUAUGAAAAACACAUUGGUUAAAUGUUUAUCUCUAAUAAAUAUCAUUCUAAGCAU